UGAAAGAAGAAAGAAAAGUGGUGAUGGUCUCUCAUGGAAGUGGUAGAUUACGUUCGUAAGAGGUUAGAGUGAGAUCAUUUUACCGGAAAACUUUCAAUACAAUAUUUACAUAAAUGUAAUUAUUGAUCUAUAAAGUACAGUGAUUUUUAUAAACAAACUUACAAUCGAGAUUUCGUAUUUUAAACAAGUAUAACAACCACUUCACCAAAGUCUCAAACCCAGGGAGAUAACCUAACUGAACAAAAUGAAUAUUUCGUCAUUUUCAUACAAUUGUUUAGGUCGGCAGUUACUGUCCUAUCAACGAGUUAUUCCAGUUUCCAUAUUAGGUAGUAGAUUUCUAUAUACACCAGCAGCUCUCGGGCUUGAAGGUUACAUCCAGGUACGAGAACGAGUCAAGAUGCAGUUCAGUGAAUUGGGGGACAGAUUUAGGGCGAAAAUGAAGGACUUUGUGUCACCCGAUUCAGUAAAUAUGGUGUUCACUGAAGAUUUGAAACAUAUGGUACAUUUAGCUGAUGCAACCGAAGAAGAUUUAGAGCUGAUAGAAGAAAUGAUGUUAAAAUUCAAUAGUCAAAAUAAAGACUUACGAUUUGGCAGUUUUAUAUUUGGACCUGUCGUGAUGAGGAUGUAUUACCAUUUAAACAGACCAAAAGAAGCAUUGAAAGUGUUUUUGAAUCCUGACCUUGAACAUUUCUUCGAUCAAAUCAUCUCAUACCAGGUGUUGAUGGACCUGUUGUUCAAGAACGAGAUGUACGAUGAAGUGAUGCAAGUAGCUGAUGUUGUUAAGGAUAAACAGAUCCCUAACUCACGUUUCCCCCGGAACGUAGUUGUCCUAGCCUUGGCAGCAGCCUACAAAAAGAACACUCCGGAGUCGUUGCAGUAUAUGAAGAAACUCUGGGCCGAGCUGCAGGAGGCUGGACACGAGCCAAUGAGAAGAGCCAUCACUUUUGCUGCAGCCCUCGCAAUCAACCAGAACGCCCCACAUAUUGCACUGGAGUUGCUGUCUGCGGUGCCCAAACAGAACUAUGUUACCAUACGAAACCUCAGGGUGUCAGCACUGGCAGAUGUUGGUAGGCCGGAUGAUGCGCUACCAAUCCUGAGAAGUGUGCUAGAGAUGGAUGGUCCUCAGGAAACAAAACACACAUUCUGUUCUGAAGUGAUUGAGAAGAUGAAGGCGGCAGUCAGCCGUUGUGACAAGAAGGAAGUUCACCAGGAGUUCCAGAGGGUUGUUGACCAAUUGAACCAGUUGGGACAUGUCACAGAUUCGAGUUUAGACGCACAACUGUGUACAGAGAUAGACAAAGUGAUACUGACACAAGCACGGCCACGAGACCAGAGAGUGCUGGCAGCGAAGUUCAAUAGUGGUAGGGGGAGGGGAGGAGAUUAUCCCAGACCUCUGAAUCAGCGGGCAGGGCUCAGGGAUAUGGAGUGAUAAUAUUCCAAUUGUUAGGUUUAGUGUUUUGUUAUUUAGACAAUUAAAAAUUGUAGAAUUACAUCAAUUGCAUUUGU